AUGUCCGCUUCAACCUCUCGCUUGACCCAAGCGGUCCGCCCCGCCUCAUUCCGCAUCCUCCAACCCCGCGUUCUCUCUGGACGCGUCCCUUCGCUCCCCCUCCGCACCAUAUCUACCUCCUCGCCGCGGGGUACAGUGUCAGACUCGAUCUCAUCUGUCGUUCAGCGAAUGCGCGAGCUGGUUGCGCAAGAAAGAAAGGGAUGGGUCGAGGGUGAUCAAGAGCGCGAAAAGGGGUUAAGGAUGUUGAUGUUUGGGAAACCGGGGAGUGGGAAGCUGAUAUGUAGGCUGUUGAAGCUAUACGAUAUCGCCUUUGUCUCGACAGGUGAUGUCCUGCGGAAAGAAAUCGCAGCGAAGAGUCCGCUUGGACUGAGAGCGGAAGAGGUCGUCAGGACAGGAGGUCUUGUAUCCGAUGAGCUCAUGCUGGAGAUUGUCAAGACUGAGCUGGACAGAUUACGAGGCAGGAGCUGGAUCAUUGAUGGCUUCCCUCGGACACUUCACCAGGGCAAACUGCUCGAUGAUGUCUUGAACGAGGAGGGCCGACCCCUCAAUAUGAUAGUCCACCUCAACGUCCCCGAUAGCGUCAUCAUGGCGCGUAUAUCUGCUCGAUGGGUACACCUACCUUCGGGCCGAGUGUACAAUACGACCUACUCUGCGCCAAAGGUUGAGGGUGUGGAUGAUGUGACGGGGGAGCCGUUGAUCAAGCGGCCGGAUGAUACGCCUGAAGUGUUCACCAAGCGCUUAAAAGCGUACUACGACUCCACCGCUCCCUUACUGGAAUACUUCUCCUCUGCCUACCCAGAAUCACUUCAUUCUCUCUCAGGGAGCACAUCAGACGAGGUACUUUUCGCUUCCGGUCUCUACGCCGCUCCUCCACCCCCACCCAUCCUGGCGUCCGCGCGGGAGCGGGAUCGGGAUCCACCACUAUCGUCCACGUCUACCAAAAAGCGAGAGAAUCAAUCUGACGCCAUGUCUUCUUCUUCUUCUUCUUCUUCUACCUCCGCCACGUCCCCUCGCAUCGACACUCCAUCCUCAUCGACGGAACCGAAAUCGUCUCAUACCCUACUCUCUUCUGGCGGUACCGACGCCACGACGACCCUCGAUCAGCUCUGGCCUCAACUCCAAGAACUCGUCGAGCCGUUCGGCCUCCGAAGGCGGGAUCCGGAAUUGCCAGAGGAGGAGGCUGGGAAAGUGAGAGAGAAGGCGGAUGAUCUGAGGGAUCCGGAAAAGGCGGAGAGGAAGGGUGUGUAG